GCGAGAGCGGAAUUUCGUCAUUCGCGUGGCGUGACGAAAGCAUCACGAUCACGUGAGAUGGCGGGUUCUUCGGGGUUCGAUGCUUAAGUAAGGGAGACCCAUUUACUUGGUCCAAACACGAAAAUUCGCGUUGAUAUCCACCGUCAACGCGUUGUUGGUCCCGGCAGCAUCAAAUAUCUGUUGGACUCUCUGCCCCUCCUACUUCUUUUCUUCUUCUCAUCCCCUCUUCACUUCAGUCCUCAGGGCUUCCCUUCUUAUCUUAAAACGACUUUGCCUUUGCUUUUCUCAUUCCAGAGCCUUAGUACUUCAUCCGUUCAUUAAUACUAUUAUACCCUGUUUCUUAUCGUCUUCUUCACGUAUCUUCCGAGCUCUCCCCUCUACACGUCAAAAUGUUUGUCUACAAGAGAGACGGACGCAAAGAACGCGUGCAGUUUGACAAGAUUACUGCUCGUGUAUCGAGGCUAUGUUAUGGUCUUGACCCCGAGCAUGUUGACGCUGCUGCUAUCACUCAGAAGGUCAUCUCUGGUGUCUACCAGGGUGUCACCACUGUUGAACUUGACAACUUGGCUGCUGAGACUGCGGCAUACAUGACUACCACACAUCCAGACUACGCCAUUCUUGCUGCUCGUAUAGCUGUGUCGAACCUUCACAAGCAAACAAAGAAGCAAUUCUCCCUGGUUAUCUCAGACCUAUACCAUUACGUCAACCCAAAGAAUAAGAACCCUGCCCCAAUGAUAUCAAAGGAAACGUACGAGAUAGUAAUGAAACAUGCCGACGAACUCAACUCAGCAAUUGUGUACGACCGCGAUUUCAACUACAACUUUUUCGGCUUCAAGACUCUUGAGCGGUCAUACUUGCUGCGGAUCGAUGGAAAGGUUGCUGAACGCCCUCAGCACCUUUUGAUGCGUGUUUCUGUUGGUAUUCAUGGUAAUGACAUUGAGAAGGCCAUCGAGACCUAUCACUUGAUGUCUCAGAAGUAUUUCACCCAUGCCUCUCCGACUUUGUUCAAUGCUGGUACCCCUCAGCCUCAGCUUGCUUCAUGCUUCCUUGUCGAUAUGAAGGAGGAUAGCAUCGAAGGUAUCUAUGACACGCUUAAGACAUGUGCAUUGAUUUCUAAGACCGCUGGUGGAAUCGGCCUCAAUGUGCACCGUAUCCGUGCUACCGGCUCCUACAUUGGUGGUACCAACGGUUCCUCCAAUGGUAUUGUUCCUAUGCUCCGGGUGUUCAACAACACUGCCAGAUAUGUGGACCAGGGAGGAAACAAGCGUCCAGGUGCUUUUGCUAUCUACUUGGAGCCUUGGCACGCCGAUGUUUUCGAGUUCCUAGACCUCCGCAAGAACCACGGUAAGGAGGAAGUGAGAGCCCGCGAUCUCUUCUAUGCCCUCUGGACUCCGGACUUGUUCAUGAAGCGAGUUGAGGCCAACGGUGAGUGGACUCUCUUCUGUCCUAACGAGGCCCCUGGCUUGGCCGAUGUUUAUGGUGAUGAAUUCGAAGCGCUCUAUGAAAGAUACGAAAAGGAGGGUCGUGGCCGCAAAACUAUCAAGGCCCAGAAGCUCUGGUAUGCUAUUCUGGAGGCCCAGACCGAGACUGGAAAUCCUUUCAUGCUGUACAAGGAUGCCUGUAACAAAAAGAGCAACCAGAAGAACCUGGGAACAAUCCGCAGUUCCAACCUCUGUACUGAAAUCAUUGAGUACACUGCUCCGGAUGAGGUUGCUGUUUGCAACCUCGCCUCUCUUGCCCUGCCCACCUUCGUUGAUGCUACCCGGGGUGAAUACGACUUUGGCAAGCUCCACGAAGUAGUGCAGGUGCUGGUCCGUAACCUGAACAAGAUCAUCGAUAUCAAUUACUACCCUGUCCCUGAGGCUAAGAACAGCAACAUGCGUCACCGCCCCAUUGCUCUUGGUGUCAAUGGUCUGGCUGAUGCCUUCCUUGCCCUUCGUUUGCCAUUCGACUCGGCCGAGGCGAAGCAGCUGAACACCCAAAUCUUCGAGACCAUCUACCAUGGAGCUUUGACUGCUUCAUCUGACCUGGCCAAGGACUUCGGAACUUACGAGUCAUAUGAAGGCUCCCCCGUCUCCCAGGGCAUUCUUCAGUACGACAUGUGGGACCGGACCCCAACUGAUCUCUGGGACUGGGACGCUCUCAAGGCGAAGAUCGCGCAGACCGGCGUGCGCAACAGCUUGCUAGUGGCGCCUAUGCCGACCGCAAGCACCAGUCAGAUUUUGGGCUUCAACGAGUGCUUCGAGCCAUACACCUCGAACAUCUACUCCCGCCGUGUCCUUGCGGGUGAGUUUCAGGUCGUUAACCCUUGGCUUCUCAAGGACUUGGUCGACCUUGGUCUGUGGUCGGACAACAUGAAGAACCGUAUCAUUGCCGAGGGUGGCUCCGUCCAGAACAUCCCUAACAUCCCCGCGGACAUCAAGGCCCUCUACAAGACCGUGUGGGAGAUCUCCCAGCGUUCGAUCUUGCAGAUGGCUGCGGACCGUGGUGCCUACAUUGACCAGUCCCAGUCUCUUAACAUCCAUCUCAAGGAGCCGACUAUGGGUAAGAUCACCAGCAUGCACUUCGCUGGCUGGAAGAUGGGCUUGAAGACCGGCAUGUACUACCUGCGUACCAUGGCUGCCUCGGCUCCCAUCCAGUUCACUGUGGACCAGGAGGCCCUCAAGGUUGCUGAUACCAACGUCGCUCGGGCCAAUGCUUCUUUCCGGAAGCGGGCCGUGGGCGCUGCAUCCAACACGUACUCUGCUGUCCCUCGCUCCCCCACAAGCGAGACCAACGGACAGGCCAAUGGGUCUGUUGAGCCCAACCCACGUGCGGAAGAGGCCGCCAACGGCGAACCCCAGAGCGAGGAUGACCAGAAGACGAGCGAGGAGCGCGAGAAUGAUAUCUAUUCCCAGAAGGUCCUCCAAUGUAGCAUUGAGAACAAGGAAGCCUGCGUCAUGUGCCAGGGUUGAACAUAUUCUAUAUAAUGAUUGGGUUUGCAAUAGGCGCGCGGGUAUGGAUCUGACGUUUUGUUUGUACGCAUUGAUAUCAUGAGUUCGAUGGAUACUGGGUAUUGAUUUAUUUUCUACUGUUUAUUUCGUGGUUUUGCUAUUCUGACGUGCAUGUACUUCAAGAAAAACCUUGACUGGUUUGUCUCUUUAUUUUCAACGUCCUGGGACGGUCUUAAUGGCAAAAAUGUGACUUAGAUAGAAUGGUUAGGAAUCUAACGUUUGUGAUUUAUUCAUGGGGAUUUCUUGUAUCAUGCAAUCCGGACCAGAUGUAGUAGGAGACUGCCAUUGCCUUGCUCCCAGGACAUUGAAGCGACUUGCCGACCUAGGUCGAGGUACUGUUACAUGAUGAGCCGUGAAUCGCCUACGGUCCCUCCAUCAUUGGUGGAGGGAGAAAAUGAGCUGUACCGUCUAGUACUACCCAUAACAAGGGAUCUGCCGUAGCACAAGUCAUAUGAGUGUCUCCCUUGUUGUAUGCACUUUAGUACUCCGGUAUACAGUCGAGCAACAGAGGUGGUAGUAGUCCUGGAACAAGAUACCGAGGAUCAUACCUGAUAGUAUUAUAUCCCCGUAACUUCCAAAAGUGAAACACGGCAGUGCUAUUAUCUAGAUCAGGAGCGUGUGGUUCAUUGUGUGAAUAAGUAUACGCAUUGGUCAAAGAAAAAAAAAACAAGA